AUGAGUAAAAUAACAGAAGUGGCUGAUGUGGUGGAAGUGAAUGAUAAGUGUGAAAUAGCAGAAAGGAAUGAUUUGAGAGAAAUGUUAGAUGUGAGGGAGACUAAAAAGGCUGAUAAGGAAAAUGAAAAAGCUCAGCCAGGACUUAAAAGAAAGUCCAGUAGGCUAUCUCGAUUCUUUCUGAGACAGCCAGACACAGCAGAGAUAGACACAGCAGAGAUAGACACAGCAGAGAUAGACACAGCAGAGACAGAUGCAAAGGCAGAAAGCAAGCCCGUUGCUUGUCCACUCAAAGAGCUUACCAACAUCGAGUCCAGAAAAUCGAUAACCGGAUUGAAAAUACGAGACAACAUGUCCUAUUAUCUUGGAUUAAGUAAAAACGAAGAGCAACCAGCAAGUGAAGCUCCUCGAAUCGAAAAACCCCAGAUCAGCGAGACCAGCAACUCAGAAACAAGUGCAAGCGAGACCCCGAACAAGAACGAGGAAUUCCUGGGAAUACCCAGUAGUAGACUAGCCUUUUUCGAAGAUUCCCAGCGAAUGGCAUUCAAGGUAAGCUUGAGGACCUUCAGAGAACGAGAAAUAACUUAUAAUUUCUACUUCAAAUGGGUAUUGUGGGUUGAGAACCUCAACGCUAAAAGAGAUCUCAGAAUAUUCCAAAUGGUGGAAACUAAUUACGACUUGGAAGACACUUUCCGAUUUUUCAAAGCCAACCAAACAACAUAUAAUAAGGUCCAUUUCUUUCGCUUGGGGAUAAUGCCCAGAAGGAAAUCGACCAAGUUGAAGCACGGGACUAGAAUUGAAUUUAAAGUACCUAGCGUACUAGCCUCGGACUUCGUGAGUGAAUCAUUGAAAAUGGUCUUGGGAGACAUCUUGUACCUGCCCAGCAACAUCCAGAGUACGUAUGAAAAACACCCAUCUUCGCAAAGAAGCGUACUAACUAGCACAGUCCCCAUUCUAGGAGUAACCUUCAAGAACUGCAACAGCGAAUAUUCAGUCUUAAUUUUUUGGACCACUCAACCCAUCCAACAAGAUCCUACUUGCUUUGUGGAAUUACUAGACCUAGUCAGGGACACCAUACCAAGCUACCUCCACAAGAUAUUGCACCUGGCUGUUCUUGUCGCCAAUAGCACCUUGGAGAGUUAUAACAUAUUCAAAGAGAGCCCGUAG